AUGCGAGCGCCGCGUGGUUUCAAGUUCGACGAGUUUGACACCCUCUGUGGCGAACUGGAUGGAGACCAACUUCAGCUGAAAUGGCAACACUAUACCCGCGCACUGUCGGCGGCAUCGACCAGCACAGCAGUGGCGACGCUCGCUGCGGGACCCACGGGAGGCGUGUCGAUGAUCGGUGCCAUGAUCGCCGGGCCCCUGAUCCAUAAUGCACGGAAAAAGCGCCAGAUCAUCGAGCACCACAUGAGCAUCAAGGGAAUCGAGCCGGAAACGCGGAACAAGGAUGUCUACGGGCCCAUGGCUUUUAGUGCAGUAUUGGGAGGAGCAACCAUGGGUAUCGGGUCUGUGGGCGCGGAGCUUCUCGCCGUUGACACUGCAACCAAAAUUGUCUCCCACGCCGCCAUCGACGCCGGUGUGACGGCUGUCGAAGACAAGCAUUCGCAGAGAGAACAUGAGAAGGAGAUGAAUAAAGCGGGCGCCCAGCUUGUGCGUGCCAACACCGCGAAUGCCUCACUGGGGGCGCCGAUGAACCCAAAUAUUGGACAGGUGUUGUUGAAGCAUGCAACGAGUAUGCCUGCCUCGCUAGGAACGACAGCGAAUGGACUCAUUGCGUCGGCGGCGCGCUUGAAGACUGAGAGAUAUCCCUUGUUGAAGGAGUAUCUUACUUCCGUUUCGUUCCAGUCACGAGAACGUUUGUCCACAGCGACGUCGAAAGAGGACGUCCCUCAUGCACCCUUCCCGGCCACGACCAUCCGAAAGAAUGAGUCAAAUACAUUGCCUUCCUCCUCGCUCGCGCCGAUUCGAGAGACUGCUUUCGUGGCUGAGUUGGAAGAUACCAGCCCAUCCUCAGUCACCUUUUCACGCGAUCCAGUUGAGCUCGAUUCUACGCCUUUGACUGCUCCCUCGGAACUAGAUGCUUGCAGUACGGUCAGCCCCCUCUCACCGCCCAGCGUUGGAAGCCAUUGGCCAUCGCCACCUCAAUCCUUUGUCUCAGAGUUGGAGGAUACUAGCAGCCCCGGAUCAUCCUCCUUUCCCGCGAGCACCUGGUCCUCCGAGCUUCCAGCCGAUGCCGACACGGUUAUAUCCAGCCUACUCGACGCUAUCGACGAAACAACCCUGGGUGAACUCGAAAACGAUCUAGAAAAAGCCGUUGUGGAGAUGGACAACCCUGAGACCUGGGUAAAGGAAGAAACCGGGGCCGCGGCCUCUACAUCAGCAACCAAGCGCAUGAGUAGGACAUUCGAGCUGCCCUCUGACCUCGACAGCCUCGUCAGACGUCACAGCACGCGCUUCAGCCGGCGAGUGAGCCAGCGGGACAGCAAUAUGCGAUGUAGCCUGUACUCAUUUGUUGAGGGGGAAGAUAAGCUGAAUAUAGCUUCGGUCGCAACACUCCGGAAGCCGGCAUCACAGGCGACUCUACGCACCACCGCCUCGUCAUCAAGCCUACUGACGCCGAAGCCGGACGGCGACCAGCGUGUCACGCAGAGCCACGACGACCUCACAAAGACGUUCCCCGAGGAUCAACCCCGCCCGUUGCGACGGGCAGCAUCCAACCACUCAAUCCCUCCCGCGUAUAGCGCGAUAGACACGAUCUCGACAGCGGCAUAUGGAAACGCAGACCAUGCCACCGAAAUGCAGUCACCGUCGUCCUCCGUGCGAGGCCGCCAGAACGAGGCAUGGAUCGAUGAGAAGCGCCGGUCCGUGGACCCCGUCAUGCACAGCCGCCACCCGUCGCUAAGGCCGCGCGUCCUCCCUUUCUCGCCGAACGACGUAUAUAGCCCGGCGGGCGAGUGGCUGGCCGACGAAUCCUCACAAUACCAGGCGCGUCAGCAGCAGCAACCAGGGGAGUCCUCGCGCGGCGCAGUAACAACGCACAAUACUAACGCGCACGAUGGUACCGUCGAGAUGUACAACCCACCGCUGGAGCCGGGUUCCUCGCCUCGGGGAUCCCCAUUGCGGGCGAAAACGUACUCAUCGGGUGGGUCGAUGUCAUCGCUUAAGAGCCGAACGGGCAGCUUGGCGCUGAGCGCACACGAGAGCAUGAAGAAGGUGGGAUAUCUGGGGCUUGAGCCGGCGACUAAGCUGGCCAUCGGAGGCAGCCUUCUGAUGGUUGGGGUACGACCAAGCGUACAGCGUAAGUAUUUGGACAAGGCCAAGGGAAAGAUGGGCAUGCCCGUCGAGGAGAAGGGAAAUAAUGGUUUCAUGGGAAUGGGAAAACAAAAGCACAGGCAUGAGGAUGAUGAUUACCGUGAUUAUAUUUGA